AUGAAUCAUCUCAAUAGAGGUCAUCAAGCUGAAUGUCCCUCACCCACUCUACCUUUGCCUGAUCCACCAAAGUUUUCUAGUAAGAAUUACGUAUUCACCGCCUACACCAAUCAAACCGGUAUUCUCGGUAUAGUAAAUGCCUAUAGUUCUGGUAAUAAUACUAGUUUUCAUUAUAUGUUGAAUGUACAAAAUGAUCUUUUGGCCCAAAGACUUUCGAUAAAUCCCUUUACGGGAGAGUUGGGUCUGUAUGGCACUAUAGAAGAGGGAAAUUAUCUUUUUAACAUAACAGCUGAAAAUAUAGCAACUCGUGAAAGAGCGAUUGUUAAAGCUCUUUUAAAAGUUCAACCCAAAGAAGAGUGUAAAUUAUUUGAGGGCGUGACAGUAGAGAAAACUUUAAUGAUACGUCAUAUCAAUGAGGAGAACGCCUUUCAUGGUCUUAUGGAUAUGAAAUUUAAUGAGAAUUGUACAUUCCAUAUAGUGGAUAUGUGGCCAAACGAUAAGGAAUAUGUCCAUGUCAAUUAUAUUUUCAAUAUGUUGGAUACCAUUGCCAUUGAUCGUGAAGAUGAGAUUUUUCAAAAUAUGUCAGAACCACAAGUUAUGGUUAAACUUAGAUUGAAAUGUGACAAAAAUGAUGAUCAAGAAAAUCUUACAAUAGAUAUAACACAAAAUAAACCUAUUGAAAAACGAUCAACACAAAUAACAUUAAGCGAUGAUAUAGCCUAUUCCCCCGAUAUUAUGUGGCUUUAUAUAAAAAUCGAUGAUAUUAAUGAUAAUCCUCCAGAGUUUAAAUUAUCUGAGGGACCACUCUUUUUGGGUUAUCCAUCUGGAAAUGCGGCCUUAGAUAUUUACCCUGAAUAUUUAACAAGAAUAGAAGCUUUCGAUCGUGAUUUGGGUUUUAAUGCUAAAAUUAAAUUUACCAUGAGAGAAAAUACUUAUUUUGAUAUUGAACCAGAAACGGGUAAAAUAUAUCCCAAGGGAAAAGCACUUCAGAAAGAUGAACAAACGGAACUAAUUGUUCUGGCUACAGAUCAGUAUGGUGAUGGAUUAACAUCUGGCACUGUAGUGAUAGUUAAAGCUUUGAGUCAAGACUUUUAUAGUUUAGUUACUUUAAAAGAUAAUUCUACCAAAACUAAGCAAGAGUUAGAACAUGAACUGAGUCAACAAACUGGUUUUAAUAUAAAUAUUAUAAAAAUGUCAUAUAUACCUGAAGUUAUCCAGCAGAAAUCUGUGUUAAAUCAAACUAUAAGCUGCAAAGCAUGGAUAUAUGGCUACCACAGGCAUCAGUUGGUUCCAUAUAAAGAUCUGCAAGAACAAAUCCUGGUCAAAAAUCCUGAGGACAAUGUAAUAAAUAUAGAAUCCUAUGAAGAAGCAGCUUCUCAUUCAAAACCACAUGAUAAUUCAAAUUUAGGUUAUUUAAUUGCUACAAUUCUUCUCUCACUUAUAAGUAGUUCUUCCCUAAUCUUUAUUAUCUGGCGCUUUUGUUAUAAACCCACACUGCUUACUAAUUGCAACACAAAGACGUUAUCAUCAUCACUGGCAGCCAAUGCUAAUGGAAAUGGUCAGCAACAAAUCUCUGCAGAUUGUUCACAUGAUUCUUUAAAUUCUAUAGAGUGUAAUAAUCAUGAAGAGAUUCGUGUCAAGUUCAAUGAUCUUGUUGAAAAUGACAUUAUUGCUGAAGAAUCUCAAUCGAAAUGAUGAAGAUUUGUGAUAGAAUGGAUGUGUAAUUAUAUCAAAAUUAAAGUGUUUUAAUAAUUUUGAAGAUUUUUAUUUUUAUAUUUUUUAAUAAAAGAAGAUUCGUGUGGAAUUAAUUUGUAUUUACUUACAAACA